AUGUCGUCCCCCGACCUUACCAAAAGCCCUGAGUCUUCGGACCCCAGUGAAAAGAGCAAUUACGACGUUCCGGACGAAGAGACCGUCAGACACCUCGCUCUCUUCGCUUCACGACAUGACUCCAACGACAACACCGGUAGCGGUCCUGGUAGUGGUGGCGACGACGACGACGACGAUGACGACCUGCCUGCCACCCUCAUUCGCGAGCUCGAGGCGGCUCCCCUGUUCUCCAGUCACGUCAAGCAAUGCCUCAACGCGUGCACCGACGACGACGACAUGCCCCGACUCCCCGCCUACGGCCUCUUGGGGCUGCGGACGCGCGCGGUCAACGGGUCGGACGGGACCACCACUUCGGGGCGGGAUCUGGACAAGGAGGACAAUCUGAUCUACACCAACAUGCAGCACCCGUGGUCGACAUUCAUCUGUGGCCAGCAAGGCGCGGGCAAGAGCCACACCAUGUCAUGCCUGCUCGAAAACGCCCUCAUCGGUGACAGCAGCGCCGGUGGCGGCGGCAUGGGACCCAAUCCAACGCCCAUGGCCGGGCUGGUGUUCCACUACGACAAAUUCACCUCGGCGCGCGCCACCCAGAUCUGCGAAGCCGUCUACCUCAGCUCGCAGGCCGGCAUCAAGGUGCAGGUGCUGGUGUCACCCUCGAACCUGACCGCCAUGCGACACCUGUACCGUCACCUGCCGAACUGGCCGCGCGGGGCGCCCCGGCCGGAGGUCCUCCCGUUCCUGUUCAGCGAGACCCAGCUCAACGUGGCCAACAUGAAGGCGCUCAUGGCCGUCGACAGCGAGGACAAGAACCCGCCCCUGUACAUGGCCAUCGUCAACAAGGUGCUCAAGCAGCUGUCCCUCGUGGGUCAAACCACGGGGAUCAGGUACCAAGCGAUGAAACAGGCGGUCAGCAACGAAGGGUUGACCCCCUCGCAGACAUGCUUCCUGGAGAUGCGCUACAGCCUGAUCGAGUGGUUCCUGAAGGAGACGACGGCGCAGGCCAUCCGCAAAAAGGCCGGGGAAAUCCAGUUCGGUCCGGGGACGCUGUUGAUCGUCGACCUGAGCUGCCCGUUCGUGACCGAGACGGACGCGUGCACGCUGUUCUCCAUCUUCCUGCAGAUCUUCCUGGGCCAGCGCCACAAGAGCCCGUUGAUCAUCGCCCUGGACGAAGCACACAAGUUCCUGACCGAGACGCCCGCGGCCAAAGCUUUCUCGGAGGACCUGGUGCAGAUCAUCCGCCAGCAGCGCCACCUGGCCACGCGCGUGGUGAUCGCGACGCAGGAGCCGACCAUCUCGCCCAAGCUGCUCGACCUGUGCACCGUGGCCGUCGUGCACCAGUUCCAGUCGCCGGAGUGGUACAAGGUCCUGCAGAAGCACGUGGCGGCGUUGGCGCAGGGCCCGGCGCGGCGGUGGAAGCGGACGAAGAAGAACGGCAGCAGCAGCAGAAGAAGAAGCGUGGGCGGAGGAGACGGUUAUGGAGACGGAGAAAACAACGACAGUGACCACAACGACGACGACAACAACGACGCCGAUGACGAUCAGGACAUCUUCAAGACCAUAGUCCGCCUACGACAGGGCGAGGCGCUGGUGUUCUGUCCCAAGGCGUAUUUUGACGUGACACAUCAUCACCAUCAUCAACGUCACCGUCCCGACUUCCAUCCGCUGGAGGACGGCUACGCCCAGGUCACGAUCCGAGGCCGGGUCACGGCGGACGGCGGGAGGAGUAUUCUGGCGUCUGAUCGUGUCUGA